AUGCCUGUGGACUUGGAAUAUGACUUCGACGCGGCUGUAGCGUCUAUGGAUAUAUUUUCUCAAACAGAUUUUGAUCGUGUAAAAGAUUGGACACAAAAAUUGGAUAAAUCAAAAUAUGUGCCUAAAGAUAUGACGGAUAAACAAUUACUAUUAUUUUAUAAUGCUUGUUAUGGAGAUGUGGAGAAAACUAAGGCGUGUAUAGAAAAAUAUUAUAAUCUAAGAAAAAAUACACCAGAAAUGUUUGACAACAGAAUUAUAGGAAGUGAUGAAUUGCAGCCGUCUAUCGAUGCAUUGGAAUUUUCCGCGCUUCCAGAAAAGUCGUGCGAGGGCUACGAUUUGAUCUUCCAUCGGCUUCAUUACACUGAACCUUCCAAGUACUACUUCGAAGCUGGCUGUAAACUACUCUUUAUGACCGUGGAUGCGUGUUUAAGCAAGCGAGGCCCACAGCCCGGUUAUAUCUUCCUCUUUGACAUGCGGGGUGUCAAGCUCGGCCAUCUCACGCGAGUUAGUUUAUCCUUUCAAAAGGAUAGACAAAGGUCGUUACGUAAAUUCUUCCAAUACGUCCAAGAGGCGAUGCCGGUGAGAAUGCGCGCGAUCCAUGUGUUCAACACAGAGCCUAUCCUCGACAAGCUGUUAAUGCUUAUCAGACCAUUCAUGGACAAAAAGUUUUUUGAUAUGAUAAAAUUCCAUCACAAAAAUGUAAAUUUGGAAAUGUUUCAUGAAACAAUAGUCCCUCGAUGCGCUUUGCCACCGGACUAUGGCGGCACUCUACCGGAUACUCAAACGUUGCACAAGAAGAAUAUACAAACCCUUAAAUCAUUGGAAACAUACUUCAAAGCUGAAGAGGAACAGAGAAUAAAUGCAUUACCAGAUAAAAAGCGAGAAAAAGCUAUGGAGAAAGCAUUCAAAAAUCUUGAAAUAGAU